AUGAUACGUUAUAAUAACGGAAAUGAAUCGGAUACCGAAGAUUAUUCAACACCUGUAAAUGACGAUAUAUUAUUACCAUUCACCCCACUUAACACAACAACACAAACCACAUCCUCAAGGCACGAACCUUCACUAAAUGAUUUACAUAGACGACAUGACUCAAAUACUUCACCAGAAGGACAACAACAAUAUACAACGCCAUCUGAAGAUGAUAUUCAUCAUCAUUCACCUCUUGAAAAAUUACAAGCUGAAGUUGCUGCUUCACAUGAACGGAUAGAAGGAUUAAGGAGAGAAUUAAAUGAACGUGAAAAAAACAAGAGAAUUAUAAAUCGAAGUUGGUCUUGGUUUGUCAAAAUUAUGGCAAAGCAUGCAAUUAUAAAUUUUGUCAUAUUAGCAAUUAUAUUUGCCGCAUAUGCACUUAGAAGUAGAAGGCGACAUUUACCAAUAAAGGAUUCUUGGCUUCAAAGAUUACGUAUGCGAAACCGUAAAGUCAAACAAUUUGCAAAAAGUGCAUUAACUGAUUUUAAAAGUACUCACUAA